AACAACAAAUAUUUUAGGGAUAGCAAAACAGGUCGGAUCCAUUGGAUCGAUCUAUUUAGCUCAUCAGUUUUUGGUGGGGUGGAUUGAAAUUUUGAACCUGCCACUUCUAGUUAGCCCACCCUGCGGAGAUAGGACAGGUUGACCCGCCGGGUUAAAAUAAAAAAUGAUUUUUUCCGCUUAAUAUUAUUUAUAUAAGUCACAAUCCAUUUUCCAAUUUUCUCCUCCCUAGAAAGAAAUUUAAUUUAAUCACUUUGAUUUCAUUGUUUUAGCAUCAUAUUUCUGACAGUUUAUUAAUUGGUUAAGUCGUGAACAUUUUAUUUUGAUUGUGUUGUUGGCUUAUUAUAGGUUUUUAGAUGAAGAAAUAUGGAUGUUUGAAUGAUAAUUUCUAUAAUUUUUAGUUGACUUCUUAGUUGUAUAUGUUGAUUUAAUUUUUUAUUUUAUAUCAAAACAAUAUUAUAUUUUCAUCAAACUUGGUAACUUUGAAUAUAUUUGAUAAUAUUUAUUAUGAUACUUUAAAAAAAUAUAAAUCUAUUAGUCAUUUCAAAUAUUAUAAAUUCUUCACAUCUAUUAAAAUACAGUUGAAAUUGCAAAAUUGUAUUUUUAUAAUGUCUUUUAAAAUAUGACUUUAAAUGUGGAAAUACCAUUUUAAGAUCUGUUGACCCGAUACAAUGUACAUUCUCCUAAGCUUGAUUAAUCGUUUGAGUCAAAGAUGUAAAGGUUGAUUUAUCGUAGAUCCGACCAUAUCGAAUCAGGCUUUAUUGGUCUGGACUAAAAUGGGCCUGGCCCGCCCAAUUAACAACCCUAGUAUUUAGCAUUAUAAAGAGACAAACAACAAAUGGUUUGAUUUUUUUUAAUGUAACUUUUGUUGUUUGGAACUAAGAGAAUUACUCUGAGAAGAGGAGGGUUUUAUUCUCAUUAUCUCUCAAGGUUAGUCAUUUAUAUUUGCGCUGUAUUUCUCAUCCUUUUGAAUGAUACUUCAAAUUCAGCUCGCUUUUUUCAAUCGCAACAUUGAAGUUCAACAGCAGCACCAGUUAGUAUCACCACCGCUACUAUCAAUUAUCAAUCAUUUUCAGGUUUCAGCUUCGAUCUAGUAAAGUAAUUGUAUCUACAGCUUCGAUCUAGUAAAGUAAUUGUAUCUAUCUCUUCACACCGUCCUGAAACCCUUCAUUUCAUUGCUGUCACCGCCGUUUUUUGUGAUGUAUUAAUUUUCAGCUAGAGAUCUGUCUUGAUCAUUAGGUAAAUCUGCUCAUAAAAUACCAAAUGGUCACAACCCUUCAUACCAUUUUGUCAAUUUUGUGUAUACUUAUUAUAUCUUAAUCAGCUUUCACUUUAAAGUCUUGUUAUGUGUUCGUAUCAUAAAACAUACACAAAUGGGCAAGCUAGAAGUUAAUUUUUUUGCCUCCUUUAUUUUUGAGAUCAAGUUCAAAACAUAUCAAACAUAGGAGUAGAGAUUAGAGAGUCAAAAGUCAUGGCAAAUGAGUCUUCUCUUGAUCGCGUUGAAGCUGAAACUUUUACUGAUUUUCAUGGAAACAGCAGUUGUCUUGUUGAGGAUCGUGUUGAUAGCACUGAUCAUGACAAAACUAAACAAAAAUCUUUGUUUUGUCAAUUUUUUCCGGUUUACCUAAAAGAGAGUUGUAGUAGAGGCAAUGUGAGGCAUCUGCCGGUGAUGCUCGGUGACGGUCAAUUGCUUGAUUUAUACCAACUUUUCUCCCUUGUAAAGAAAAAUGGUGGGUAUGAUGUGGUAUCUAGAAAAGGGUUGUGGGAUUCUGUGAUAGUUGAACUGGGUUUGAACCUUCAUGUUUUGGCUUCGGUCAAAUUGAUUUAUGAUAGAUAUCUAAAUGAUUUCGAAGGCUGGCUCAGCAAAACCAAUCCAAAGAUUGAUGGUAAUGUAGAUGAAGAAAAAUUCUGUAAUACGGAUGAUGUCUUGCGUGUUGAAAUUUCUGCAGAGAAAUUUCAUUCUUCCAAACGCAAGCGAGAAUCAUUAUCCGAAAUGAUAACCUGGAUGAGGGAUAUUGCAAAACAUCCGUUUGAUCCUGCAGCCCAACCAUUACCAGAACCUUCAAAGUGGAAGGGGUGUAAAGGAGGUCAGAACUUCUUUGUUCAGAUGCUAAAGGCAAGGGACGUUCUCUUGGUGAGAAAGCAUUCAAAACCAAACAGUGGAUCAUCUUCCCAGAAGGUGAAGAUGCAUCCUGCCAUGUAUGAGGAUCCUGUUGCUCUUGGUCACCAAGGUACAAAGAAAUUGAGAUGUAGUGAAAGGAUUCCUAUUGCUCUUAAAUCUCGCUGCAGUUGCUGCAAUUCAUAUCCUGGUAAUGGAAAUAACUGUCCUCUGGAGAAAACAGCGUCCAAACCAGGUGUAACCGGAAAGAAAAAGUCAACUGCUAAACCAGAUGUAGCUGGAAAGAAAAAAUCUAAGCCAUCUUGGGAUGAUCUUCAUGAAACACUUGUUUCUAUAGGUCAUCGCUUCCAAGUGGAAGUCCCAGAAUGGACUGGUGUAGCUUCUGAGAGUGACUCUAAAUGGUUGGGCACACAAGUGUGGCCUGUUAAAGAUGAUGACUUAAAAGCUACUACUGAAUCAGAUCUUGCUGGGAGAGGAAGACGAGGUAAGUGUAGCUGCAAUGUUCAAGGUUCUGUUGACUGUGUCAGAUUUCAUAUUGCUGAAAACAGGAUGAAACUGAAACAUGAAUUGGGUUAUGUAUUUUACCAAUGUGGAUUUGAUCGAACGGGCGAGGGGGUUUCACUUCAAUGGACAGCUGAAGAAGAAAAGAAAUUUAAGGAUUUCAUGAUGUUAAAUAUCCCCUCUGAAAAGAAGGCUUUUUGGAUAAAUUUUUGGAAAAAUACAUUCGAUGACUUUCAAUUGAAGACAAGAAAAGACAUGUUAAACUAUUACUUCAAUGUUUAUCUUAUUCAACAAAGAAGCUAUCAGAAUCGUGUGACUCCAACGGACGUUGACAGCGACGACGACGGAGACGAAUUUGGAUCUUUUUGUGAUGGAUUUGGGAGAAGAGCUAUCAAGCAUCCAUCUAUGGAGUUCAUGGAAUGUUCAGAGAACACACAGUGUUUUGAUUUUGAGUAGACAAAACAAGGAAUCCAUUCCUUCACUAGGAAAUUUUUGGUGAACAUACAACAUAGAAAUGAGAUAGAAGAAAGAACCAGCUUGGAGAGGAUGGCCUAAUGUGUUGGAACUUGGAGGCCACUGUGGACUACCCUUAAGGAAGAACUUGUAGAAGCUGCCAUUAACAUUGUUUGACAUGGUUAUGUUGUUAAAUUAGUGCUGCAAAACCUUAUUCCCCCCUUUGGACAGCAUUUGUGCUGUAAAACUCUUUCCCCUCUUUUGGACAGCAUUGGUGCUGUAAAACCAAUUGUUUAUUUGGAGCAGGCGCUUUGAAUUAUAUGUUUUUAGUUAGACAUUUGCAAAUUAAAUUUGCAAUUUUAUUUUGGCAGGUCUUUGACUUUCGAAUAGAAUAUUAAUUUUGGAAUAGAAUAUUAAUUUUGACGGUA